AUGAAUGUCCUCCUGAACCCAACGGCGAAAGCUUUCACCACCUUGCGCCAAGAUUUUUCACUCCAGCGCCUUCUAGCAGACUAUGCGGACGUUAGCAGCCCAAACAUCCUCAUCAGGGCUUUCGUCUCUUGGGUGAUGAGCGUGUUGUCCUUUCUACUUUUCACUGUCGAUCAACUUCCAAAACGCAUAGCGUCAAACUUUCUUCGUCCAAAGUGGCAUGUUGAGAGGGCCGACGUUCCUCAAGCAUUUCUCAAAGGCUCUCGUCAAGUUUUAAAUCAAAGAGGCCUUUAUGCCCCAAGUCAAUUUCGUCCCCGCUGGCUCAUCAAGGUCACUUAUCACCAAUCUCCAACGACUCAAGUCGAUUAUGAACUUCACGUAGUGGAGUGCGAUAACGAGGCCGAAGCAAAUAAUAUCAAAGAAAAGGGGUACAUUGCUCUUAGCUAUGCUUUCAAGAAUGCAAAAGAACUAUUCCUUGAGGCCAACCCUAGAAUCCUAGAGCACGACAUUCCUCCAGAGCCCCAUGCCCCUUUGACGACUUCAGAUAGACUCAUGACGGCCUGGGUACAAGUAAAUGCUACCAAUGGACAAACUCAGAAACGAUGGCGAGACGUUGCUGUCCGCCAGAGAGUUGCUAUG